GGCCCUGGAAGCUUGAAAGCACCAGUCGACUGGGAGCGCUUCAGCCACUGACGGUGUCACCCACGUUACCUCGGGCCCGACGGGUGGCUGACGAGUAGGCUUGCUGUGAAGGUGUGAACUCUGCAGGCGCCAUGUCCUCUAAGAAGCUGGUGAACUCGGUCGAAGGCUGUGCCGACGACGCCUUUGCGGGCAUGGUGGCCUGCAACCCCGGCCUGCAGGUCCUGCAGGGCCAUCGCGUAGCCCUGCGUGCCGACCUGGACAGCCUCAAGGGCCGAGUGGCACUGUUGACGGGAGGGGGCUCCGGCCAUGAGCCUGCCCACAUUGGGUUCAUAGGGAAGGGGAUGCUGACGGGAGUCAUCGCAGGCGCCGUGUUUGCCUCCCCGGCCGUGGGCAGCAUCCUGGCGGCCAUCAGGGCAGUAGCCCAGGCGGGCACAGCGGGGGUCCUCCUCAUCGUGAAGAACUACACCGGGGACCGGCUGAACUUCGGCCUGGCACGGGAGCACGCCCGGGCCGAGGGCAUCGCUGUGGAGAUGGUGAUCGUGGGCGACGACUGUGCCUUCAGCGUCCUGAAGAAGACAGGCAGGCGGGGGCUCUGUGGCACCCUGCUUGUCCACAAGGUGACGGGCGCCCUGGCUGAGGCAGGUGUGGGGCUGCAGGAGAUCACAGAGCAGGCGAACGCAGUUGUCAAGGGCCUGGGCACCCUGGGAGUGAGUCUGUCCUCCUGCAGUGUCCCCGGCUCCAAAGCCACCUUUGAGCUCUCGGCCAGUGAGAUUGAGCUGGGCCUGGGGAUCCACGGGGAAGCCGGCGUGCGCCGGAUCAAGAUGGCGACCGCCAAGGAGAUUGUGACCAUCAUGCUGGACCACAUGCUGGACCCCUCCAAUAUCUCCCAUGUGCCCGUGCAGCCUGGCUCCACGGUGGUGCUCAUAGUCAACAACCUGGGUGGCCUGUCCUUCCUGGAACUGGGCAUCAUAGCCGACGCCGCUGUCCGCUCUCUGGAGACCCGCGGGGUGAAGAUUGCCCGAGCCCUGGUGGGCACCUUUAUGUCGGCCCUGGAAAUGCAGGGCGUUUCUCUCACCCUCCUGCUGGUGGACGAGCCCCUCCUGAAACUGAUCGACGCCGAAACCACUGCCGCCGCCUGGCCGAACGUGCCCAAGGUCUCAGUGACCGGGCGGAAGCAGAGCCGGCCAGCCCCCGCUGAGCCUCCGGAGGUCCCCGCCUCGGCUGACACAGCAGGACCUGCCCCGAAGGUGGUGGUGUGUGUGCUGGAGCGGGUGUGCAGCACCCUCCUGGGCCUGGAGGAGCAGCUCAACGAGCUGGACCGCGCCUCGGGCGACGGCGACUGCGGCACCACGCACAGCCGUGCUGCCAGAGCGAUCCAGGGGUGGCUGAAGGAAGGCCCACCCCCUGCCAGUCCUGCCCAGCUACUGUCCAAACUGUCCCUCCUGCUCCUGGAAAAGAUGGGGGGCUCUUCUGGCGCGCUCUAUGGCCUGUUCCUGAUGGCCGCCGCCCAGCCACUGAGGGCCAGUACUGACCUCCCCAGCUGGUCUCGCGCCAUGGACGCUGGCCUGGAGGCCAUGCAGAAGUACGGCAAUGCCGCCCCGGGGGACAGGACAAUGCUGGAUUCUCUGUGGGCAGCAGGACAGGAACUCCAAGCCUGGAAGAGGCCCGGGGCGGAUCUACUCCAAGUCCUGACCAAAGCGGUUCAGCGUGCCAGAGAUGCUGCCGAGGCCACCAAGGACAUGGAAGCCGGGGCAGGGAGAGCCAGUUACAUCGCCUCAGGGAAGCUGAACCAGCCAGAUCCUGGGGCAGUGGCGGCUGCAGCGGUUCUCGGGGCCAUCCUGGAGACCCUGAGCACUAAGUGACUCCGGUUCUCCCCACUCACUCCCUCUGCCCUGGUCUCCCGGGCAGUUCAGCAGGAACCCCUCUGCGCGCUGCAGAACCCUCCCAGGCCUGGGUGGGCCCAGAGCCUCAUUGCCUGCUGGAGGGUGGGGUUCCGGGUCUCCUGCGCCCGCCGGCGCUGGCCUGCCGUGAUAAGGCCUCUCCAGCCUCUCUGCCUUUAGUUUGGCUUUUGAGACUCCCCGUGGGAAGCAACCCAAUAAACCACUUCA